GAUCAACGCUUGGGGAGCUUGGGCCAAUCAGCCAGCAGCGGUGGGCCUCCGAUAAUCGCAGGCUAAACUUAUCGCAAACGACUUUGCCCCGCAUGGGCCAUACUGCCAUGACAGACCGAAAUAAUUCCACAGUUGUUUGAGUUGUUUCUUCUGUGACAUUAUUUAAAAAUUCAACCAAUUGCAUAUCCAUCAUUCACAUCCCCCUCAAUUGUGAGCCAUGCCAUCGAACCCAGUCUAUCUCGGCGUCAUUGGCGUCGGCGGUGUUGGCAAUGCUUUCCUCCACCAACUCGCCAAACUCCCAGCCCCUCCCUCCCUCAUCCUCCUCGCUCGCUCUUCACAAACCCUCCUAUCCCCAGCGCCCGCGUACUCGCCUGCAAUCCCCGCAGCAGACUGGCAAACCGCAUCCGCCACACCAUCUCUCACCAAGUCAGGCGCCUUAACCCCAGCAGAGAUCGUCUCCUACCUCUCCUCUGCGCCUGGCCGCUCCGUUCUCGUAGACAACACCUCUGACCCCGCCCUAGCCAGCGCAUACCCCCAAUUCCUCAAAGCCGGCAUCUCUAUCGUCACCCCCAACAAAAAGGGCUUCUCGUCCGACCUCUCGCUAUGGAAAGACAUCUUUACUUCCGCAGCAACCGGCAACGCCCUUAUCUACCACGAAAGCACUGUCGGCGCCGGUCUCCCCGUCAUUUCCACCCUUCGCGACCUCGUCGCAACCGGUGACGAGGUUACUCGCAUCGAGGGCGUGUUUUCAGGCACUCUUUCUUUCCUAUUCAACACAUUUGCGCCUGUCUCUGGCGCGUCUUCGGCGAAAUGGAGCGACGUGGUCAGCCAGGCCAAGGACCUAGGCUACACCGAGCCCGAUCCGCGUGACGACCUGAACGGCAUGGACGUGGCGCGGAAGCUGACCAUUCUCGCACGCAUUGCGGGUCUGGAAGUGCAAAGCCCGAAUUCGUUCCCUAUCGAGUCGCUUAUUCCAGCGGAAUUGGCUUCGUUGCCUAGCACGGCUGAAGGUGUGAAAGAGUUCAUGGCCCGACUCCCGGACUUCGAUGGCCAGAUCGCUGCGGUCAAGGAGCAGGCGGAGAAGGAGGGUAAGGUUGUUCGGUAUGUCGGUAGCAUUGAUGUUGCUGCGAAGCAAGUCACGGUUGGAUUGCAGAAGUUUAAUAAGGACAGCGCCAUCGCCGGGUUGAAGGGUAGUGACAAUAUUAUUAGCUUUUAUACGAAGCGCUACGGCGGUAACCCGCUUAUCAUCCAGGGUGGUGGUGCCGGUGGCGAGGUGACUGCUAUGGGGGUUUUGUCUGACCUGAUCAAAGUGUUGGAACGGCUGUAAAGAAUCUACCGUAAAGAAAAGAGAAAAGCAAAAGAAAGACGAGGUCUGAUAGAAUUAAAAUGUACUUAUCAACAAAAUCUUAAUUCUUGCUACGCAGAUACGCCUUGACGGCGUCCGCCCAGACAGGGCCUCGCUUAUAGCCAUGAAUGGCCGGCGAACUUCCUUCUUUCAGGCCAUCAAUA